CGCUCGCUCUCCACAGCGGCUCCCGCCGCCCCUCACCGUGGCAGGCCCCGCGGUCCCUCACGGCUGGGGCUAGGCGGUUGCGGCGCGGAACGGAACAACCGGGCAGCGUUCUCCUUUGCACCGGCCCAUUGUCUAAACUGUGUGACGAGAAAUGCGCUGAUGCGAGCGGCCGUGCCCCAGGGAAGGCGUUCGUGCGCUCCUCGGUGGCACUGCAGAGCAGAGGGUAGCACCCGUCAUGCGGAGAACAGGUGGGCACACAUCAGAAAUCCUGAGGCUACUGAGCUGUUUGUCAGAGUCAUACUCUCCCAGACAUUAUGUUUUUGCAGACUCAGAUACGAUGAGUGAAGCCAAAAUACAUUCUUUUGAACAAAAAAGGGCUGAAACAUUCCCCAAUUCCCAGUUCACCCUUGAUCGCAUUCCCAGAAGCCGUGAGGUUAGACAGUCUUGGGCCUCCUCUGUGGUAACAACGCUGUACUCCAUGCUUUACUCCCUUCCUCUGACCUACAGGCGGAAACCAGAUUUGAUAUUGUGCAAUGGACCAGGAACAUGUGUUCCUGUCUGUAUAUCUGCUCUUCUCCUUGGGCUUCUGGGAAUAAAGAGAGCAUACAUUGUGUAUGUAGAGAGCAUCUGCCGCGUGGAAACUUUAUCCCUCUCUGGAAAGAUUCUUUACUACUUUUCAGAUUAUUUUAUUGUCCAGUGGCCUAAUCUAAAGGAAAAGUAUCCAAAAUCAGUCUAUCUUGGUCGAAUAGUGUAACCACAGAAGACAAGCUUUACCUAAAAUAAACUCUGCAAGCUCCUCGCUGAAGAAAUGCAUUCCUGUAGUAAUUUAUUCGCAAGGAUUCCUGCUAAUAAAUUAGGCUGGUCCUGGAGAAGGAGACCAUAAUAAAGAUAUCUCUACGUUUAAGCACA